AUGUUGCAUUGAGAAGCUUAAGCACCUCAUGUGAUUCACUGUUCUCCUCACAGGCCCAAAGCCAGAUAGAUCCUAAAUGGCUUGCUGAUACUGAAAGAUCGAGGAGCUUCAGACCUAUCAUGUCAAGGUGUGAGACAGUACCCAAUUUAUUAUCAAAUGGUAUGACCAUGGAGGAUGUGGACCCAAGUGAAGAUUCUCCACGUUCUUCAACACCAUUCAGCAUUGCAUCUGACUUUGCUGGUGGAAAACAGAUACAUCGUUUCCAUAACGAUUACAUGCUAAAUACAGACGGUCGGUACCAUAGUCAGUCCGCAUUGAAUAACAGUAGUAUGCAGCAUUCAACAUUCCACGCUUCUUCACCUUUCACAGAUCCCACGGCCUUAGCAAAAAUAACGGCAUUAGAGGAUGAACUUACUCAGCUUCGUUUGCAAAUAACUACACUGAUACACCAGAAUCAACGACCCUUAACACCCCCAUCUACUCCCACUUCAUAUUUCCCCCAACCUCCACCUCCACCUCCACCACCACCUCCACCACCAAACUUAUGUCCUCCCCCACCUCCUCCUCCCCUCCCUCCUCCACCUCCAUCUUCAACAGGUAGUGUAAGUGCUGGUGCUUCUCGCAAGACUUCUUUCUCAGAUUUGAUUGCUCAGGGCAAGGAUAGUAUCAAUAAGCACAAUGAACCUGUAGAAAUACCAAAAAGUAACUUCUCCACAGGCGGUGUGUCUAUGACUGAUGUACUAAAGGGUCUGAACAAAGUCAAAUUAAAAAAAGUAGCAAGGUCUCCAGGUGGUACCCCAAUCAGAGAACGUGCCCAUUCUCCUGUUAAUGGUGAUCCAGCGUCCAUAAUUGCAGCUGCUCUGAAAAAGAGAUUUGCCAAAAUCAAUGUAGAAUCUCCAGAAGUUGAAGUAGAUGAUAGCAAUGAUUUCAAUUCAUCUCCAGAGUCAACUCCUCAAAACAAACGUAAAACUGAAAAUGAUUUGACACCAAAGAGGAAAAGUGGUCUGGCUAAUCCACCAAGAAGAAAGUUAGAUUCUGAAGAACCUUCGGUUGUUCUGGACCUCAAACCCUUAAUAAAAAAACCUUCUCUUCGAGCAGUGAAGACUCAGCUUAAAGAGGAAGAGAAAUCCCCAUCCCUCCCUAUUUUUGGUCAGCACUUGCUUAAAAAACGUAGUCCUCGACCCAUAGAGAAAUUAGAGCCAGAGAUGAAGGACAGGACGAGCCCUAGCAGCAUAGCCUCAGACUUAUCAAGGUGAACUUGUGCCAUAGUGAUUUUCCUAAAUAAGCUAUAAUACAUUAAGGCUUCAUGAUGUGAUAGCAUUUUCUUUUCAUACAUCUUUAGGUAAGUAGAGGUUGUAUAUUUUGUACACUUGCAUAUAUUGCCAAUUAUUUACCAAUUCAAAGGGACCAUACUCUUUCUUUUAAUUUUGUACUGUUUUACUGGAAAGCACCAAUGUGAUUGAAAGAAUAAACUCACUUCUUUCAGGUGCUGCAAAUUUUGUUUUAGUGUUAGGAUCAAAAUGUGUUAGAUAUUCUUGCAUUUGCUAGAGGUACAUUAGUGCACCUGUUUUAGUGUCCCCUUUCAAUAGGAUAACUUUUGUUGAUAAGGUAAAUUCAGUUUUCAGUUAGUUUUUGUCAAAAAAAUUUCAUUUAAUAGUUUUUCAGUACAAAAACUUUGUCACACUACUCAUUCAGGUUUACUUUGUCGAUGUCAUAUCACUCAUUCAGAUCUUAGCUUGCCCUAAUGAGAUCAGCUGCAGAUCAUUCUUUGUAUGGACUGUUUUGAGUUUUAGUAGCUUCUGCCUGUAAUUCAGUAUUAUGAACUUAGCAUGGUAUUUAACAUGUACUUAAGUUGUUUUGUUAUUAUGACACAGUUAUCAUAAUACUUUUGAGUGAUCAUUAUUUAUAGAAUUUUCUUGAAAGAUAUUUAUUUGUUGCUUGAAGUGUGCAUCAGUUUGUUUGCUGUUAUGGAUACAUUUUUCAUUUGAAAACUUUAAAAUAGGUGGAUGAGUAAUUUUGUUUGGUAUAUGUGAUCAGUCUGUGUAGCUUGUAAAGAAGGGUUUAGUAUGAAUUAGCAUGUGCUUUCACAAUUUAUAUUGAUGAUAUGAAAAAUAUUGUAAUAUCUGUUUCAGAUUGAGAGAAUGAAAGAUAUAUUGUAUUGUGAGAGUAAACUUUGUAAUGUCUUUCUGCUGUUUUUAGUUUGGUAAAGGGGUAAAUUUGACAGUUUUUGUUAAUUUUUUAAUUCACAUUUGUUAAAUUCAUGAGAAUUAAGGGACAGUUC